AGUAUCGUCUCCUACAGCUCGCUACCAAAAGUAUGCCGUACACUAGUCUCCGCUGAAAGCAUCAGACUUGCUGCGAUCAAACAAUACGUAGAAGAUGAAGAAGAAGAAGAUCCGAUAGAGGAUCUCGGCGAAGAAGUGGAGAAAAUCUUGAAGUCUCCGCGGAUAAUGUACAAGGACGACGUGAUUUCCAUACAUAUCGGAAUAUAUUCACGACCACAAAAAGGAAGGGUCUCCUGUAAUGAAUCGCCAUGCAUCGUGGAUAUGACGACAUCCGUUUACGAGAUCGCAAGUGUGAACGCACAUUUGCCGUAUGCGGCUCGUAUGAAGUUAUUGGAUAUUCCUGCAGUUGAAUGGCGCUUGGUUGAUGAUAGGCCGUUAACAAUGCUGCUGAGCGGUGCCAGCGGAAGCGGCAAACGCCUGCUCGCGACACGUUUGGCUAUGGAGACGCAUCGAAACAUCGUUGAAGAGUGUUCCUAUAACCUUUGGAGAGAAAGCGUCGAUCAAAUGGAGGCUAAUCUCAGAAACGCUUUUGAAAAAGCCAAGUCCUACCAACCGUCAAUUCUCUAUCUCACAUCUGUCGAUGUUCUUGGCUACGAUCCUGCCAGCGGCACACUCGGCAAGUUUUCUAUUCUGUUUAUUCUGAAAUGUCAUGUUUGCCUGAAAGUGUUGCUUAUUACCACGUACAAGAUCAUGCUGCUUAUGACUGAUUGA